CAAACACCUGUAUCUCAACCUCAACCAACCGCACAAUCUCCCCAGGGAACUUCAGGGCAAUCAUCUUCACCUAAUAUUGGAUUGUAUAUUAUUAUUGCUAUAUGUGGUGUUAUAAUUGGUAUAAUUGGUAUAAUAUUAGCUGUUGCUGGAUAUUGUGUAUAUAAUAAACAUAUAGCUUCAAAAGAUAGCAAUAGUCCAACACAAGCAACCAAC